AUGCCCCAGGAACAAAGGUUCAGGUUUAGUGGUCGUAUCCUUGGCCUGGCUUUGAUCCAUCAGUACCUUCUGGAUGCUUUCUUCACAAGGCCCUUCUAUAAGGCACUCCUGAGGCUGCCCUGCGAUUUGAGUGACCUGGAAUAUCUGGAUGAGGAGUUUCACCAGAGUUUGCAGUGGAUGAAGGACAACAAUAUCACAGACAUCCUGGACCUCACGUUCACCGUUAACGAAGAGGUGUUCGGACAGGUAACAGAGAGGGAGCUAAAGUCGGGAGGCGCCAACACCCAGGUGACGGAGAAGAACAAGAAGGAGUACAUCGAGAGGAUGGUGAAGUGGCGUGUGGAGCGAGGCGUGGUGCAGCAGGCUGAGGCCCUGGUGCGGGGCUUCUAUGAGGUGGUAGAUUCAAGACUCGUCUCAGUGUUUGAUGCCAGGGAGCUGGAGCUAGUGAUAGCGGGGACUGCUGAGAUUGACCUGAACGACUGGCGGAACAACACGGAGUACCGGGGAGGUGAGCUGACCCAGGCGGUGGCGGUGAAACUGUCACCAACAGGAUUGAAAUCUUCGGAAAUUGGUGGUGUUGUUGUUGGAGUGAAGUUGACUAACAUAAAGCUGACCAUUUUAAGGUGGACAAUUCAAUAG